AUGCAAUUCUCAAUCCUUACCCUCGUUCCUCUCCUCACUCUUGCGACAGCCGCUCCAACCACCACUAGAAGUAGAGCAAGCCUCGUUCAAACCUGUGUAAAGGCCGACCUCGGUAAACCAUGCAAUGCUGGUUUCAUUAGUGGCGUCGCAGCAAUUGGCCUUUGUACUUCUACUGUCAUUAACGUGGAAAGUGGCGUUUUUGCCUGCUCUGUUGAGACAACAAGCACAGCGACCUCUCCUAGAGCAUCCACCUCAGUCUAUGGUGAUGCAGCGACGGACAAAGGAAAGCAUUUGAAGGACUUGAGAAGGAUUGUUGAAAGAGGUAUCCUGUUGUUUUGA